GGUAUAGCCCACACUCUGUGUAGAUCCACGUGGUUUGAGCUAACCAACCAGCGGGUGCAACACCGACAACAUGGGUUGCUGUUAAAGGGGAGACUGUCAGAGUGCGGGGAGAUUGAACUGCGGACUGUACUGGUAACGAUGAGCGCACUGUUUGCAUUGAGACUGCCCAGGUGCUUCUCGGAGCCGGGCUUUGUGCCUGUGAGGCGGGCGCUGCUGGACGGAGGAGUCUGUGGUGGCUGGGUGCAGAAAGACUGCUGUUUAUCUAAAGUAAAUGGCAGGGAUGUCCCUAAAGCAACAUUGGCUGACAGUGCGAACAAGAAAUAUAGAAACCAACCACCUACAUUAUUCACAAAAAUUAUUGAUAAGUCGCUUCCAGCUGACAUCAUAUAUGAAGAUGAUCAGUGCAUGUCUUUCAGAGAUGUGAAUCCUCAGGGUCCAGUUCAUUUCCUUGUCAUACCCAAAAUCCCUAUACCACGAAUCAGUGAGACAGCAGAUGAUGACAAAGAGCUGCUGGGGCAUCUACUGAUAGUGGCUAAAAACCUUGCAAAGAAAGAAGGCCUCACAGAUGGGUACAGAGUGGUGAUUAAUGACGGGAAGAACGGAGCGCAGUCUGUUUACCACCUACACAUCCACGUGAUUGGAGGACGGCAGAUGAGGUGGCCACCUGGUUAGAAGGAUAUAACUGACUCUGUCACUGAGUUCUGAAUUUGUGUUUCAUUCUAUUGAAGCAUUUACUCUGUAACACUUACUUGGAAAUAAAUAAUUGAUUUUUCUACCAAUGCAGAA